GAACCACAGCCUCCACCUGACCUCCAGUCCUCACAUGGUAAAACUCUCCGCUUCUCCCCGGAGCUGCAGCUGCUGCACAGCGGCUGCCCCUCCGUCACUCAGGCCGCUGUAGGCGCCGCUCAGGGCGGGGAGGACGGAGCGUGUGAGCCGCUGAAAGACGCGCAGACUGAAGACACACAGACAGACACAGACACACGGAGGACAGCGGCUGUUUGUGGUUCGUUAAUCACCGCAGCUGCGAGGAGGAAGAUGAAGGACGGUGUCACCAUGUUUGUGCUGCUCGCGCUCAUGUGGACGCAGCUGCUGCUCUCAGAAUCGUCCUCUGGCGACCACGAGCUGCGUCUCCUCCCUUCACGCCGCUCCGGUGACCUCUCACCUCAGGAGGAUGUGGACGAAUCCGAUCUCCAACACCCCCACCAUCAUCAUCAUCAUCGUCAUCAUCAACAUCGCCUCCCCCGCCACCGCCACCACCCGCCUCCUCUCAGGUUUGGUGACACGCUUCCGGCUGCGCUUUUGGAUUCCCGCUUUCGCCCGGAGCGACGCGACGGCACUCAGCGGACGCUCGACCUGCUCGCGCGGCCGCAUCAGGAGGUGCGGCCGGAGCACGCCACCGUCUCCGCACGGCACCUGGUCACCGUGUACUUGGCGGUGGACGUGCGGAGGCUAAACGUCAGUCUUCUUCGUUGGUUUCGCGACGGUGUAGCCGCGGCGCUCAGCGUUCCUGCGGGGCACGUUCACAUCAACCGACUGAAUGAGGAGAAGAAUGGCAUCGAGCUCUUUGUGUCCUCUGAUAGGCCGGGUGUCUCCGAGCCCCGCCCCGCGGACGAGGUCAUCCAGUCGCUGAACGUCAGGGUCCUUCACCAUCACCUGGGACACUUUGGCAUCACUGAGGUCUCCACUGAGAAGAACGUCCUGCAGGGGGAGCAGAGGGACCAUGUGUGGAGCAGAGAGGGUUUUUACACCUUCUUCCUCUUCUUCACCGUCUUCGUCAUAGUCGUCACCUGCUUGAUGGUUUUGUACCGACUCAAGGAGAAGGUCCAGGUUUCUGAGAGACGCCUGAAAGCCCUGCCCCCUGACCUCCACCUGACCUUGACCAUCCCUCCAGACUCCGCCCACAGGUCAAAGGGCACCAAGGUUCUCACGUCAGGAAGCAUGGUCCAGGCUGAGCUCCCUCCAUCUUUAGCCACGCCCAUUUCCCAGCAGCAGAAACAGCAGCCAAUCAUAGCCUGCCGCCGCCUCGCUCCACCUGUCGUCCCUCUGUCCAGCUCCGCCCCCACUGACUCUGUCGUCAACUGCGACAGCCACACCCUGCCUCCCAGUGUUGCCCUGGUGACCGCCAAUAACGAGCUAAAGCCCUGCCCCUCCCCCUUCAGGAUGAAACCCGCCGCAGGACUGCAGGAAAGACGCGGCUCAAACGUGUCUCUGGUGUUGGACAUGUCGUCCCUGGGCUCGGUGGAGCCUCUCAUUGUCCCCGUGGUCACUCCCAGAGAGUCUGCAGCGAGGGAGUACCUUCUGUCCGCCGGACGACCCCUGACGAGACAGCGGCUGAGAGACGUCGUCCACAACACGCAGACGCUGCACACGGAGUUCACUGAAAUUCCCAUGAACUUCAUCGAUCCCAAAGAGCUGGAUAUUCCAAACCACGGGACCAAGAACAGAUACAAGACCAUACUGCCCAAUGCCCACUCGAGAGUGACCCUGAAGUCCAAGAGCUGCAACGACCUGCUCGGCUCCUACAUCAAUGCUAAUUACAUACGGGGUUACCGUGGCGACGAGAAGGCGUUCAUCGCCACGCAGGGACCCAUGGUGAACACGGUCAAUGACUUCUGGCUGAUGGCGUGGCAGGAGGAGGCUCCGGUCAUCGUCAUGAUCACCAAACUGAAGGAGAAGAACGAGAAGUGCGUUCUGUAUUGGCCGGAGAAGAGAGGCAUCUACGGGAAGGUUGAAGUGCUGGUGAACAGCGUCAGAGAGUGUGAACACUACACCACGCGCAGCCUCACACUCAAGUGUGGGAAUCAAACCCGUGUGCUGCAGCAUUACUGGUACACGUCGUGGCCCGACCAUAAAACCCCCGACUCGGCGCUGCCGCUUCUGCAGCUGAUGGACGACGUGGAGACGGACAGACGGAACGCCGCCGCACUGGGACCAGUUAUUGUCCACUGCAGUGCCGGGAUUGGCCGGACCGGCUGUUUCAUCGCCACGACGAUAGGCUGUCGGCAGCUGCAGUCGGAGGGAGUGGCCGACGUUCUGAGCAUCACGUGCCAGCUCCGAGCAGACCGAGGUGGCAUGAUCCAGACGGGGGAGCAGUACGAGUUUGUGCACCACGCGCUGAGUCUCUACGAGGCCCGCCUCCCCGCUGAAACCGACCAAUCAGGCGAGUCCUCAGCAGGUAUGAUCUGAUAUUUGGGAUUUUCUUACCGAGACUUAACGAGGGAUUCCGGAGGAGGUCUUUAAACUAUAAAGGACAACCAGAGAGGAAGGAAAGGAAACGGGGAAAGGUUAUAUACUGGAAAAUGGAACGUGUCUGUUCUUCUUCUCCACUGCUUUCUUCUUCUUCUUCUUCGUCUUCGUCUUCUUCUUCUUCGUCUUCGUCUUCUUCUUCUGCUGCUUCUUCAGUGGAGACGUUUGGGAGACCUGUCCUCUUCGGUCGACUGUUGGACUGUCUUUUCUAACUAACUGUCCCGUUUACCUCUCUGUCAUCAUGGAGACGUCCUAGUUUGACUGGAAAACAUCGAUGGUACUUUCUUCAAUAACACUGUUGUGUUUGUGUGUCUUAUAGAGUUUUACAAUUAUUUUUCGACAUGAUGGUGUUCUUCUUCUUCUUCUUCUUCUUCUUUUUCUUCUUGUAUGAAAAGGACAAUUUGGAAAAUGACUGUUUUGCUUGUUGCACCUUUGGUUGAGCGACAGUAGUUCUGCUGACCUGUACCCUGCCCAAAUCUGACCCAAAUAUGUCUUGUUAAUUUCUAAUUUAAUCCAACACUCACCAUCUCAAUCCCUUUAUAACUAGCUCUUAAUUAUUUCCUUAGCUCAGAUACAAAAAACAAAGUGUUUGAAUCAGAUUUAAAUGUAUGACCUUAAUCCAAGAAUAUAGGAGCGAUACCAAACCACAACUUAAUUGUUUAUCACUGAUAAAGUAUUAAUUAACUUCUGGUUAACAUUUUGCGUAUUUAAAGGCAUUUUUACAAACUUUAAAUCUUUCAAAUUUGAGGCGAAAAUGAGCCAAAUAGGUUAACAUUCCUUUCUAAUAUAUUGUAUCAGCAGCUUUGCUAUUUCGUUAAACCAUGGAGCUAACGUUAGCUAGCUAACAAAACUGACAUUUGUGCUAUUUCACACUCAGUUUUCCACUGAGUGCACUAUUCCAAUACUUUCUACUAAAUGUUAGCCUGUGGCCUGGUUAACUUAUACUUAACUUUGAGAGAGAUUAGGUUGCAGAUGGAACUACCUCCAGCCUUACAAAACAUGCUUAAAAGCUAACAGACCAAUGUAGUAAUAAUAAUAACAUAAAUACUGUCCUGCCAAGCUAGUUAUUUUAGUAAAGAAACCCCAUAGAGGCUUAUGCUAGCAUUAGUAGCACCAUGUUAAUAAAAACCUGAAUGCUAAUUUAUAAUCUUAUGCUAAUGCUUGCAUACUAUGCUAAUGCAGGAUUAUUCAUUAGUUUUAGUUUUGAUUUGUUUUGACUUUUUUGUUUAAGUUAUUAAAUAGUCUUUAGAACAUGUUUGCUAGUUUUUAUAUUUUGGAGUAUUUGGCACAUUUUUACUACAAU